GCGGAAAGCAAUGCUCGUGCAUGAGGAUGUUUUCGACUAGGACAGAGGCGGGCGCCGAUAUACGGUCAAGACCCCAGACAAGAAGAAAGGUGGAGAGGGGGAGAGGCGAGUGAUCUGGAUGCCUUCGCCCUCGCGCUCGGUGCAUGUGUUCCGCGUGCUCACACAAAUUUCACUUCACCGGGAGGACAACUUAAGAUCGACAAUGUACAUGCCCUUAUCAGACAGUCACGAUCGCACCUCUUGGACUGGAAAAAGUGGCCCCCAAUCCUGGCCCCAGCCGACAGACAAACGGAGGGUGGCCUGCUGUGCCGCGGAGAUGACUGCUCUCUCGACUCGAUCGUUGCUUUGCUGGGGUAUCCCGCGGCCCCAAGAGAUAGCCUUUCCGGAACAAGUGGCGGUCCACUCUUGGGCUUCAACACUUUUUGACGGGGCUGGAAAUCAUCGUGACCAAGACAACCCCGCUCCUCCUUGGGACAAAUUACGUCCUCUCAAAUCCUAUCGGCUUAUGCGACCGUUCUAGAAGGUCGACGAUCUUUUCUCUUCCUCAACCCUCUCUCUGCGCCCGCCUCGUAUUGCUUGACCUAUUUGCUUUGCCGGGCGAAGGGGGAAGGGGCAAGGGGGUCCGACGAUGAAAUCUUUCGCACUCGAGUGCCCCCCAUUCUCUGUCAACCCACGCACCCUUUCUCUCUCCCUCUUCAUUCUCUCUUCUCGAUUGUCCCUCACUAUCAUCAUUUCUCUUCCUUUUCUGCUCGUCGUCCCUGACUCACCAUCUGCACCAAUCAUUACUUUCAGUAUCCCACUGCCAUCUCUUCUGGGACAGUCCUACCAAGAGUCAGACGCUGGCAAAGCUUUGAGCUCGUACUACUACUCUAGUCUAUAGUAGUUAGGUGGUUUUACUAUGCACCAUAUGAAUAUCCUCCUCGUGUAUAGUACUAAUAUGAAAUCGCCGUGAACCUCAGGUCUGUGCAUAGUACUGGCGUAGUACGGUCGCCAAGACCUUCUGACCGAGUCGUGCCGAAUUGCCCAUCAUUGUCGAAUCCCAUUUCUAUACUAUGGAUGGUCACGAGCGAACGUUUUCCGCAUCACCUACCAAUGAUCUCCAUGGUUGACAAUC